GCAGGGCGGGUCUUUCUAGUUUUGAAGCACAUGAUGAAGCAAUGAAAAGCUUGUAGUUUUGUCUCAGCCUCCACAAUCGUUAUUUUGCAAAGUUUGCUGGUUAAAUUGAGUGAAGACUGAGCAAAAAGCCUCUUUGCAUCGACUCAGACUGCAGACUGAAACUGUGACUGUAAGCAUGGCCUCCUCAGAGCUUGCACUUUUGAGUGUGUCAGACAAAACUGGACUGGUGGACUUUGCCAAAAGGCUGGUGGAUGUUGGACUGUCUCUGGUCGCCUCAGGUGGCACAGCCAAAGCCCUGCGUGAUGCUGGCCUGGCUGUCAGGGAUGUGUCUGAGCUGACUGGACAUCCAGAGAUGCUGGGGGGCCGAGUGAAGACGUUGCAUCCAGCUGUGCAUGGAGGCAUCCUGGCCAGGAAAACCCCCACUGACACUGCGGACAUGGAGAAGCUGGGCUACAGCCUGGUCAGAGUGGUGGUGUGCAACCUCUACCCAUUUGUGAAGACCGUGUCUAACCCGAGUGUGACAGUUGAAGAUGCUGUGGAGCAGAUAGAUAUCGGUGGUGUGACUCUGUUGAGAGCAGCGGCCAAGAAUCAUGCUCGGGUCACUAUCGUGUGCGACCCUGCUGACUAUUCGCUGGUUGCCAAGGAGAUGGAGAGUUCAGGAGACAAAGAUACGGCCCUGGAAACCCGCAGAACUCUGGCCCUCAAAGCCUUCACACGCACGGCGCAGUAUGACGAGGCCAUAUCCGACUACUUUCGUGGACAGUACAGCCGCGGUGUUUCACAGCUGCCUCUGCGCUACGGCAUGAACCCUCACCAAGCACCCGCCCAACUCUACACCCUGCGCUCAGCUCUCCCCCUCAAAGUGGUCAACGGUUCCCCCGGCUUCAUUAACCUGUGUGAUGCUCUGAACGCCUGGCAGCUGGUCAGAGAGUUAAAGAGCACUCUCGGCAUGGCUGCUGCCACCUCCUUCAAACAUGUCAGCCCUGCCGGAGCUGCAGUAGGAGUUCCUCUGACUGAGGAAGAAGCCAAAGUGUGCAUGGUGCAUGACAUGCUGAAGGAUCUCACCCCGCUGGCCACGGCCUACGCAAGGGCGAGAGGCUCAGACAGAAUGUCUUCUUUUGGAGACUUCAUUGCUCUGUCCGAUGUUUGUGACGUUCCCACCGCCAAGAUUAUAUCAAGAGAGGUGUCGGAUGGAAUCAUUGCUCCUGGUUAUAACGAGGAGGCACUCAAGAUCCUCUCCAAAAAGAAGAAUGGCAACUACUGUGUGCUUCAGAUGGAUCCAGACUACGAGCCUGACGAGGCGGAGGUGAGAGUGCUGUUUGGUCUCUAUCUCAAACAAAAGAGGAAUGGUAGGACUAUCGAUAAGGAGUUCUUCAGCAACGUUGUUUCCAAGGGCUCGCUCUCCGAGGAAGCUGUGCGUGACCUCGCUGUGGCCACCAUCGCUGUCAAGUACACUCAGUCCAACUCUGUCUGCUACGCUAAAGAUGGACAGGUUGUUGGCAUUGGAGCGGGUCAGCAGUCUCGUAUCCACUGCACACGCCUGGCAGGUGACAAAGCUGACAACUGGUGGCUGAGACACCACCCCCGUGUCCUGAACAUGAAGUUUUGCAGUGGUGUCAAGCGAGCGGAGAUCGCCAACGCUAUCGACCAGUAUGUCAGCGACACCAUUGGAGAGGGCCCAGACAUGGCAGCUUGGAAGUCUAAGUUUGAAGAGGUGCCCGAGCCUCUGUCGGAGGCUGACAAGAAGAGCUGGAUCAGCUCCCUGCAGGCCGUGGCUGUCAGCUCUGAUGCCUUCUUCCCCUUCAGAGAUAACAUAGAUCGUGCCAAACGGAGUGGCGUUGAGUACAUCGCAGCUCCAGCGGGCUCUGCUGCUGACCAGAUUGUGAUUAAUGCCUGCAAUGACCAAGGCAUCACUCUGGUGCACACCAACCUGCGGCUCUUCCACCACUGAGCAGCUCAGCGCAACUCAACUUACGGUUUUGCAUCAUUAGUCUAAAUAUUUUCCUAACAUUGCUGAUACUCACAUUCCUACCCCUGUCUUGCUGAAGUGUAGAGGUUGUAAAUGCACAGUUUGUAACACUAACAUUAACUGCAUUCCUUACUUGUCAUUCUAACAUUGGAGAGAUGCAGUGUAAAUGUUCAUUGUAGGUCAGUCACUUGUCGGUGUGAAAUAAACUUAAUGACAGUUAACGAGUA